AUGGACGCUUUGGUGAGACCUACCGAGCAUAACAACGGAUUCCAGAUGGUUGAGCUCCACAUCGGUCGAUUGCUACCACCAGAUGCAACCAACGCACACGCCAUUCUGCUUCUAUUCGAUGACGAAUCACCAGCGACCUUAAAAAGAAUUAUAGAAUACACUUUCGAUCCCGAUCUCGGACAAAGAUUAAAAAACUCGAUGCAUGCAUUGCGAUAUCUCGAAUGUUCAGCCAAGCAAAUGAACGGAGUCAAAUAUGUGUUCCUCGAGACUCUGGCGGCGCUAAAACUCAAACCCGAAAAGGAAACAGAAGAUCCCGAAUUCAUGUCUUUGACACCGAUGGAGGGUGUUGCCUGCAGUUUUGAGUCGAAUUGGAAGCUCUGGUCCACUGCUAAACCAAGUUAUGAUAAACGCUCGGGAGUGCCUGACGAAUCCGGCUGCCUUUCAAGUAGAAUC